AUGACUGACUUCCCUGCUCUCCGAAUUUCCUUUUAUUUCGCUUCGGCACUUUUUUCUGUCGUUCUACUUGGGCUUACGGCGGCGAGGAUCCACUACACUACACACAUACCUCUUGGUGAUCCGUUGAACAGCGGAAAGGACUUCUUUGAUCCUAUCGUUGCGGAACUCCUAGCAACGUCCAUACUCGCAAUUUUGUGGGCAUGGUUCAUCAUCCACUGUAUCCACAGACGAUAUGAGAAUCGUUUCAUCAGCACGUUCCGGGGAGAGCUCAUCGGCCUCUUCAUCCUCUGGGUGAUGUAUCUGGUCGGCGCAGCGAUUGCUACCACCUUUUGGGGAAAGCUAGGCUGGUGUCAGAUGUUCCUACCAUGCCGUGUUCUCACCGCUCUCGUUGCCUUUGCAUGGAUCAAUUUCAUCAUAAUGACGUUCAUCCUCUUCAUCGACAUUGCUUUCGUCGUUGCGAAUGGAGGAUUCAGGGAACCUCUGCAUGGUCGUUGGGAUCCGAGAGCGAGUCAUUAUGGAAACAGCAACUUCCGCACGUCCAUGUCGACUCGUUAA